AAGAUGGAGACCAUGAACCCCAAUUUGUUGCUGUCACUGAGUCGACCGGGGGAGGAAGAGGAACCUCCACCAGGAGAAAAGAAGAAAUUCCUGCCCCCUACCUCUCGGAAGAACCCCAGAUUUGAAGAGCUGCAAAAGGUGCUGACCGAGUGGGUCAACAUGCAGCUCCUGGCCGAGCACAUCGUGGUUCGGAGCCUGGAGGAGGACAUGUUUGACGGGCUCGUGCUGCAUCACCUGUUCCAGCAUCUGUCCGGGCAAAGGCUGGAGGUGGAGGAGAUCGCACUGACCGCCUCCAGCCAGAGGCGGAAGCUCUCCCUGGUCUUGGAGGCCAUUGGCCAGAGUCUGCAGGUGGAGCAGCCUUCCAAAUGGAGUGUGGAUGCCAUCUUUAACAAGGACCUGCUGGCCACCUUACACCUGCUGCUGGCACUGGCAGCUCACUUCCAGCCCAACCUGGCCUUGCCCAGAAACGUCCAGGUUGAGGUGAUCCUCAUGGAGAGCACCAAGAAUGGCCUCAAGUCUGAGAAACUGGUGGAACAACUGACUGGAGGCAGCCCUGAAGAGGACCGACCUUCCUGGGAUGGCACUGAUGGACUGUUCCAGCUGUCUCCAGAGGAACUGGGCACUGUGAAGGAGAACAUUCUGAGCUUCGUGAAUCAGAAGCUGAGCCGACUGGGCCUGUCAGUGGAGAGUCUGGACUCCCAGUUUGCAGACGGGGUCAUUCUGCUCCUGCUCAUUGGACAGCUGGAGGGCUUCUUCCUGCACUUGAAGGAAUUCUACCUCACGCCCAGCUCCACCGACGAGAUGCUACACAAUGUGACCUUGGCCCUGGAGCUGCUGAAGGAGCUGGAUCUGCUAGGGAGCACCAUCAGCCCUGAAGACAUCGUGAACAAGGAUCCGCGGAGCACCCUGCAGCUGCUGUACAGCCUUCACUGCAGGCACCAGCAGCGAGGACUCCCUGGCGAGCUGCCCCCAGGACUGCCCGACUAGCCUCAGUGCUUCCCAGGCUUCAGGUUCUUGGAGGCACGUGC